UAGCAGUAUAGAGCAUAGGAUUAUGGGAUUACUGUAAGUGUGGUUGGUCAUGUGAGUUGGCGCGGUGGACACUGACCCUGCUUACCUCCACUCAGUAAGGAAGCUUAGCUUGGCUGUGAAGGUGGGGUCACACACAACCACACACAAACACCCCCACCUGCCAAAAGUCUAUUCCCUCUCUUAGAAAGACUCCAACUGCUCCUCAGCCUCUCUUUGGCUUUUCUUUUUUCAUUCAUCUUCCUUUUCCUUUUUUGACAAUUUUUGCUUCUCUUUUCUCUUUCAUCCCCCCUCUCCUUCUCCCUCUCUCUCCUCCAGAUGUCAGGCUUCUUUUUGUUGCAUGUUAUACAUGCACAGGUCAUCCAUGCUGUCACAAAUCUUGCAGGACAGCUUCAUUUUUCUUUCUGGGAGGGUAACACAUAAACCCGAGGAAAGAGGAAUAUAAAGUCGUAUCGUGAGCUGAAUCUCAGAGGAUGUGGAGAGUGAGAGGACGGACUACAGGAGCAAACUCGACCAGGGAACAUGAUUGGCUGUGAUAGCCUGAAGAGUUGAGAGCCAGAACGCUUCAAUGGCGUGGACCAAGUCAUGGUCGCAUCCAGACCCACGGCCAGACCCAAAAUGGAUACCCUACAAUCUCAGCACUCAAACAACUGUUUCUUCAAACACCAUUCAAGUCCAGUGUCCAGUUUUCCUGCCCCUGCUCCUCGUGCUUGCUGCCUUUGCUGACAUGGUUAUGGCUGGUCCACCUCAGCUGGCUCGCCCCCCUCUCCUAUCUGGACAGCCUUUUAUCAUCUUCUGGGGCAUCCCUGACUCUUCCUGCUCCGGUCGACCUGAUUUCAGAACUUUUGGGAUAGAACGGGAGGGCCGAGUGGCUGUGUUUUAUGAAGACACGCUUGGAAACUAUCCGUAUUUUGCAGAUAAAGACACACCCAUCAACGGGGGGCUGCCACAGAACACACGGCUAGACAACCACAUCCAAAAGACCCAGCAGGACUUGGACACAGCUCUACCUGCCCCAAGGUACCUUGGGUUAGGGGUGCUGCGCUGGGCUGAUUGGAUCCCACAGUGGUCGAGGAACAGAGAGAAGCAGGCUAUGUAUCUGGAGGCAUCGAGGAAACUUUUGAAGGCUUUCUUUCCUAACUGGACGCCGGAGGAGGUGGAGAAGUGGUCAAAGGUGGACUUUGAGGCAGCAGCCCAGUCAGUAAUGAUGGAAACUCUCAGGGAGGUCAGACGAUUAAGGCCCAAAGCAUUAUGGGGCGUCUCCCCUUACCCCAGCUGCUACAACGGCGACCCUGCCCAGACCAUGUUAGCCAAUUACACCGGCCAGUGCCCUGCUGCAGAGAAGGCCCUUAACAAUGAGCUUCUGUGGCUAUGGAAACGAUGCUCCGCCCUCUUCCCUCUCCUCACCCUGGAGAAGAUGCAGGGUGGGACCCCUGGAGGCAGGCUGUAUUUGUCCAGUCAAAUUAAAGAAGCAUUACGAGUGUCAUCUCUAAGUCGGACAGCCUUUGAUCUCCCUGUAUUCCCACUGGUCAAAAGUGUGUACGCCUCAACCAACACUUUCCUGUCACAGGCAGACCUGGUGAGCACCAUAGGCGAGAGUGCUGCCAUGGGAACAGCAGGAGUUGUCAUCUGGGAGAGAAGUGAGACAAAGACAGAGAGAGAGUGUCAGGAACUGGCAGAGUUUGUCCGUACGGUCCUGGGACCCUACACCCUGAAUGUAACCACGGCAACAGCACUCUGCUCCGCCUCUCUCUGUCAGGGGAAGGGCCGAUGUGUACGUCAAGAUCCAGGAAGCUCUGCGUUCCUCCACCUCCCACCCCCGUUGGAAGUGGUGGAGAAGGUGACGGAAAAGGCUGAAGCAGCAAAAGCCACAGAUCAGCCUGACACAGACACCAAACCAGCGGACCCAGACCCAGCUGAGCUCUGGAAGAAAGACUUCCAGUGCCAAUGGUACAAGACACCGGACAGGGAAGUGUCAGAUCUGCAAUCACCCAAAGAUGGAGUGUCUGGUGGGGUCAAGGUAAAGGAAACAAAAGGGUCUAUAGCGCUUUCUACAGUAGCUUCAAAAGUUGCCUCUCUGACUGAGUUAAGAGGAAGCAGUCCACCUGCUAGUCAGACGCCUUUACUGGACGCAACCACAGACCACGGCGCAAAUCCACCAAGUGCCCCAAACCUGACUGUUCUGCUGUUUCUGGUGGCUGGAAGUAUUUUUUUCUAAGAACCAUAAAAUGUGAAACAAACCAGACUUCACCUUAAAGGUCUGGAUAAAACUAAUGGAAUAUUACUGCAAUAUGAGCCUUUCAGAAGUGCCCUUGAGCAAAACACUGGAUCUCACGUGGCUGCAGACGUUCUACUUUGCAGUUACCCUCUAUUACUCAAUGUGCCAAGAAACAGGUACAAGCUGCUCUUUCUUCUCAGUUUCUACUGGCUGCAUUUUAGGAAAAAGGAGAUGUUGAUAUCACUAGAUAUUUAAUGACCAAUCAGUGUGCUGUGCUGAGAUCAGCAGAUCAAACCAGCCACAGGUACACAAAAGCAGUAUUUAAUCCUGCACUGUUUUUGUUUUUCACAUUUUGUUUAACAGUGCUUUGUCAUUUGAACAUUUGUGUCUACGUUUUGAAGUCUUAUGCAGUCAGGAUUUUCUCCUGUCAUUUAGUUGAUGUGCUGCCGUAAAGGGUUGAUUCAUCAUAAGAAGGAGAAAUAAACAAGGGAUGCUGUCAAAAGGUAGCACAGGGACUAUUUGUCAGUGAACUGCUGAUAUCAAGGUUGUUGUAUCUGAACAGGUAUUAUGGUGGAGUUUUAAAUACGGCAAACAUCAAAUCAUUUCUGACAAACUGUAAACUUUUCAUCUCGGCCUUCAGAUGUUACAUUUGUUGAAAACUCCCAGGCUUCAGAAGGCCUAGGACACAUUUACUGAGCUCUCUAGCACCCUCUACCUGAGUGUUGGUGAAACUGCACAACUGACAGGGUUCCUUUUUUUACACAUAACAGCAAGAAAAUCCCAGGUGGAAUAAAAAAAUCAUGAUUGAUGGCUGGAUGCCAAUAUGCUUCUUCUAUUUCAGUGUCUCU